AUGUAUUUCGGUCUUUUUCUUGCCAGUGGCAUUUUCCUAGUUUUCAUCGCGUUCACAAUAUUCCUGCCAGUCAUGGUAAUAAUGCCUCAAAAGUUUGCGAUCUGUUUCACGAUGGGAUGUGCCUUCAUCAUUGGAUCUUUCUUUGCAUUGAAAGGACCGAAGAAUCAGCUCUAUCAUAUGAUUUCCAGAGAGGUAUCAAUUCAUUUUCCUUGUCCUUAA